GAAUACAUAUAAAAAUUCCGUGGUCGGCAAGCAUAGGGUUUCCUUGUCGUGAGAGCCGACGUCCCAAGAGCCGUCACCGUGUACCUUGAUAGGGUUUGGGACCCCAGCAAAUGGGCGUGGAGAAGCAGCUCCUCAAGGCCGGCCAUGGCCCCAAGCCCGUCAGGGGCCAAUCCGUCACCGUACACUGCACAGGCUUCGGUAAGGAUGGUGACCUCUCAAAAAAAUUCUGGAGCACCAAAGAUCCUGGACAGCAGCCAUUCACAUUUAAAGUUGGUUUGGGCUCGGUUAUUAAAGGGUGGGAUGAGGGAGUGAUGGAUAUGCAAGUGGGAGAAGUUGCUCGACUUCAGUGUACCCCAGAUUAUGCUUAUGGAGCUGGUGGCUUUCCAGAUUGGGGUAUCCGUCCAAACUCGGUCUUGAUCUUUGAAAUCGAAGUCCUCAGCGCGCAGUAAUAACUACUUUAAGCCACAAGGGGGAUUGUAGAACCAUGAAAUAACUGCUACUCCUGAAACUAUUUGUCCUGUGAGGAGUAAGCCAAUGACAUGAUGACUUUGUAUUUUCCUUGCUGUUGAUUACUACUUAGUUGGCUUUCGAUCA